AUGUCUUAUCACAGCCGAAACUCCAGUGGAAGCAGCCACAUGUCUCUGCUCCGUCUCCCUAGCCCCAUCGAGCUAGCUGAGGAUCAUGUCUACUCCAGAGCAUCUCUCUACCCCCUUGACCGCACAGACUACGAGCCAUGCCGUAAGAGGAUCAUCAACACGAGCUUCGGUGCCCGUCAGAUCAUCCGUUUCAUCAACCAUCUUGAGACACAUGAUCCCGCACAGCACGAUGCCGCGGUGAAGAGACUUGUCGAGAUUGGUGUCGAUGUGGAUGACCUGGUUCGUCUUUCUCAACGUCGUGCUGAAGUUCCAUGGGAGGAGUCUUGGCCGUAUAACUGGGAGAAGAAAGACGGUUUGGUCUUGGGAUACAUGAAGAGGAACUUGCCUCGUUGGAUUGCGAUUAUGAAAAAAACAGAGGCUCGGGAGGCUGCUGAAGCUAUGGGUGAGACUCUUGAAGACGAUGAUUCAGAUGAUUAUAUCACCGCUGAUGAGAUGGAUGAGACUGAAGCUUCCCCAGGGAACGAGGUUCGUCCAGCGGAAGGGGUGCAGGAUGAUGUAGAUGGAGACGAGACGAAAGGCUCAUCAGCUGAGGACGAUGGCAUCUAUAGUGAGUCGCGUCUUCCUAAGGGUUCUAUGACUCUCAGGGAGUUGAUUGCGUCCUAUCGCAAGGCUCACGCGGAGCAGAAGCGAGCUGAACAGAUGCAGAACCAAAAGGAGGAGACCGAAGUCUGA